AUGAGUGAGCAGGAGGUCACUUACUCAACUGUGAGAUUUCAUAAGUCUUCAGGGUUGCAGAACCAAGGAAGGCCUGAGGAGACUCAACGGCCCAAAAAAGCUGCGCACAGAGAGUGUUCAGUACCCUGGCAGCUCAUUGUGACAGCUCUUGGAACCCUCUGUUUUCUUCUGCUGGUAACUGUUGCAGUGUUGGCAAUACACAUUUUUCAGUGUAUUCAACAAAAACCUGAACUGCAGGAACCUUUAAACCGCCUCCAUAAUUGCAGCACGAUACAAUGUGACACUGACUCAAUGGAAGAACGGCUGAGAAAUAUGUGUGUAGAGUGUAGGAGAGGCAAUGAUCUUCUGAAAUGCCCCAACAGGAAAGAGAACAGAUGGUACAUUGAAACCAAGGCCAUUUUAAAUUCCCCACAGUGCACAGGAAAAGGUGAAAUACACUGGUUCUGCUAUGGUAUAAAAUGUUAUUAUUUCAUCAACAAUGAUAGAAAAUGGAAUGGAUGUAAGCAGACCUGCCAUAAUUUCACCCUAUCCCUUCUGAAGAUUGAUGAUGAGGACGAACUGAGGCUACUCAAGUGCCAGAUUAUUCAAGACAGUUACUGGAUUGGACUGAAAUAUGAUCCUAAAAUAAAGGAAUGGGCAUGGAUUGAAAAUGACACAUCUAAACUUGACUUGGUGGCAAUGAAAUCAGAGAGGAAAACAGGAGACUGUGCAUUUUUCAGUAUGACAGGUAUACAUAAUGAUGACUGUGGUAGAAGACAUCCCUGUAUCUGUGAAAAGAGAAUGGACAAAGUCCCUGAAUCAGUAUGCAGUGUGAAGGAAAGGUCUCAGUCUGCUGUGUGA